AUGGCUGUACCUACACUUCGCGUCCUGAUCGAUGGUGAUAGUGACAGAACGUAUGGUCAGGGCGACAAAGUCACCGGCAGAGUUGCAUUCAUAGCGGAGGAGCAGGUACACAUCAAUUCCUUCAAACUCAUCUUCGCCGGCAGCUGCAUUACGAGAACGACACGGCCCUCCACCGAUUCACACACGAGGAAGGAUUUCGAAGAGCGCAUACGCUUCUUCAGCUACGAACGGGAGGUCGUGCCACGCUCUACGCUCAGUCCAAACAAAUACUCAUGGACCUUCGAGUUCACGUUCCCGGAAACAACCCAACAAUCGUACAACCGGCUUACACGGGGAGCUCACUAUCUGCGAGAACCGCACCCACUCCCGCCUUCUUUCCAAAUCAAAACCAGUGUGCCAGGGGGUGCGGCUCAGAUAGCCUAUUUCGUUCAAGCAAGAAUAACUCUAGGCGGUUCGAAAGGCGCAUGGAAGGUGAAGCAGAAUUUGUCGUACCGGCCCACAUUGCGCGAGAACUCACUCCGAGAGCCAAACUUAACGACUGGUGUGCUGUACGGUCAGGCAUGGAAAUCUGCCAAUAGGCAGUCCCGUUCAACGGUCGACAAGGUCUUGCGAAGGUCAUCGAACAGGCCGCCAAGUAUUGUACCUACGAUCCUCUACCCCGAGAAGAUCGCCCCCGGACAACACAUUCCACUUUUCAUCUCUUUACUGAAUACUCGGGAUCGAACGAACGAAGCACAGGCAGAAUGUGUCAUCGACUCUCUCUCAGUAACAAUAUCAACAUACUCCACAAUCAUGUGUGGCCACACCCUUACACAACCUGAGGAUGUUGUCUCAAAGCAUGUUUAUUGCAUCGCACGAACCAACAUGAACAAAGCCAUUGCUUUCGGCAAAACCAAAGCCCUGACUUCCAACUUUCGCUUAGUGAAUGACGCAGAGUGCGUACCGACCUUCAGGACCUAUACCAUUACCAGACGCUACGUACUCGGUAUCACCAUAGGCAUCAAGUUCAAGGACCAGGUGUUUACUGUCCGUCACAACGCUCCCCUUGAGAUUCUGCCUCGCAUUCCACCUUCAUUACUGCCGUCGUCCAUCGAGGGCGAUGACGUCGAGCCGCUUCCUGUCUACACGCCAAGAGAGCCGUCGAGAGAGUUUGCGCCCGACUACGAGUCUAUCUGUGCACUUUCACGCACAUCUUCUACUUCCGAGUCUCUUACACGCUGGACAACGACCGGCUCAAGCGUGGCUUCAGGGAGCUCGACACCUGCUACAGAGCCUUCCACGCCUGCUUCUGAGGUAGACGAGCCAGUGUAUAUACGUCAGGGUCUUGUGGCUACAUGA